GACGAGCCGUCCGCAUUUACACCAAAUCCUGCGCGACCAGCAUCGGCGAUACGAAGACGGCAAUCACCGGAAGACUCGGCUCCGCCCAAGAAGAAUCCUCGCACUGAAGACGAAAGCGAACAGUUGAUCGUCGUGGACGACGGUGAACUUGCUGAACCGGCUGCUCGACGUCAAGUAAAUGUGAAGAAGGAGCGCUGUACAUUCUGCAGUAAGGUCGGGGGGCGUGUACAAGAUUCCUCAUCCGAAUUGGGUGAUCAUAAUGAAGAUGAGAGAAUUGACUUCAUCCUGAGGAGGUGGAUCAUGGUGUUCACCAAUCGUUCAAAUCUGAUCGUGCACCUACGCAGCCAUACUGGCGAGAAACCGUACCAAUGCAAGUUGUGCCCGUACGCGUGUGCGCAGAGCUCGAAACUCACGCGACACAUGCGCACGCACGGUCAACAGGGCAAGGCGCGUUAUCCAUUGUUGCAGGUUUUUAGCACUAUGCUCGUGUGCUAA